UGUAAAAACGAAAGUGAACCCGGAGCUGUGGAUGUGACGGUGAUGUUUACUCUGAAGUGAGAGGAACACAAUCAUUCUGCAGCCCGGGGACGGUAGUGUUUGUCUCCAGACCUCCAGGCUGAUAACUGACACACUGAGUCUGUGCUGAUGUCACAGUGCUGCCGUUAUUUCUCAUUUCCUAUGAGGGACAGAUCCUUUGGAAUGAGAGGCCUCAACAACCACUGUCUGUCCUGCUGUGUGAACACUUUACUGCAGACCUUCUCUGCUACCUGGGAAAUAGGAGACCUACUGGACAAGUGGCAAACAGCUGGUACGACAACGGACAGUCGUAACGUUCCUCUGCAGCUGAAGAAAGUUCUCACGGCCAUGAGGAGGGACCUCCCUCAGCCGGCUCCUCACAGUGACUUCCUCCGCUCUCUGGACUUGAACUCCAUUCGACUUAAUACGCAGCAUGAUGCUGACGAGGUGUUCCUCUUCAUCCUGAACUUCGUGCAACAGCAGAUGGAUGACAAACAUCUGGCUCUUGAAAUCCAGAAUCUGUACAAGAUUUCUGUUGAGACGUACCUGCAGUGUUUAGAUUGUUCCGCCGUCCAGACUCGGACCAGCUACCUGCUCAGCCUGCCUCUGCAUGUCAAGGAAGAUCACGACUCACUGACAGGCUGCAUUACCUCCUUCUUUGAGUACCAGGAGCUAAGUGGCAUAAAUAACUGCUUUUGUGAACAAUGUGGCAAGAAGACUCCUUCUAAACAGGCUGUCAAACUGCUCUCCCUGCCUCGUAUCUUGUGCGUGCACCUGAAAAGGUUCCGUAAUAGCUGUGGUUACACCCGAAAACUCGAUUGCAGGGUCACCUUUCCAGAAACCUUUGACUUCUCUGAGACUCAUAAAGCAGCGUUGUCCUCAGACUUUGGCCAGAAUGACUGCAAGUACACAUUGCAUGCAGUGGUAGUGCACUCUGGAACUGCAACGUUCGGGCACUAUACUGCCUUCGUUCGUCACAGGGGGAACCAGCGCUGGUAUUCUGCAGAUGACAGCCGCGUACAACAGGCCUCCUGGGAAGAAGUGCAGAGAACAUACGGAAGACAUGGCGGAGGCACAGCAUACAUGUUAAUGUACAGAAGAGGUUCGAAAGAGGAGAUGCAACAACCUCAACUUUCUGGCUGAAUGGAUGGAUGCCAAUGAAUUACACCUGGGGUCUCGGUGCAAUAUUGAAUUAUGAGAUAGAAACGCAUUUAUUUAAUGUUUACUGUACGUGGUACAUGGUUUUAUUUUUAAUUAAUUUUCUGAGCUUAUGCAGAUUGCACAUCGGAACAGUAUCUAAGGAAGCUUUUGUUUCCUUCUGAUUGGAUUGAGGUACCUGUAAUAAUACGUUCUUUGACAAACCUUUAAACAAAUGUCACAAAAAGCCUAUAUCUACUACAUUUAUAUCACUUUGCUCUAUUUAUAGAGUCUUUUUCUUUUGGUUUUCCCUAGUCUGUGGUUGUAACUUGUUUUGUUGUUGAAAAAAACAACCAGCAAACAACUAAAUUAUAUAUAUAUUUAGUGUAUAUACUGUUCUGUUUUUCAUUUGUUUAGUGAGUGUUUGUUUGGGACCCCGUUUAAAACGAGAGGAUGCAUCUUAAGGGGUGGUUUAUCCUGGGGUAGUACAUUUCUGCCAAACACCAAUAGGUGGCGAUGAAGACUCAACACAGUGACGGGGUUUUCCAGCCUCAGACCACACACACUGUGAACACACUCUGAUACUGGGGGGGGGGGGGAAGUUGGUUUAAAAACAAAAAUGCUUAGCUUAGAUAUUCCCUGUUUGGGGGGAAAUACCUGCUAUUGGAGUGAGUGUUCACUUUCCUGACAUUGCUGUAUAAUAUAUGAGUCACUCAUUACGAACAAUGAAGUCAUUUUUCACAUUUGGGCUGCCAAAAACAACAAUAUAAAAUAUCCUUCAACAUCUCA